GAUCAGGUUCUAUUUCUCACGUCUCUCACGUUCUCUCUGCGAUCAUUGGCGGAAGCAAAAGAAAUAGAAGCGGCAACAGAAGCCACUGUUCUUACAUUUCCCUUUCUUCAUCCUUCACCAACCGGUGCCCACGACUAUGGCCAAUCGCCGACAAUCAUCCGAUACUCCUCUGAGCGCAAAAAAAAGUGUAUAAUCCUCUCUCUUUCAACGCCGCUCACCACUGAAAAGGAAGAUCAGCAAACAACAAAAACCCACCUCUCCUUGCGACGACCACCGCUAUUGCCAGAGACCCAAACCCGAACCCCCUAUUUCCUAUCCUCCUCCCUCUUUCCUCACCCCCCUUCGUCACUUCAGUCCUCUUCUCCUCCUUCCCUUCGAACUGGCAAGGUAAGAUUGUUUGUUUUGAUUUUGAUUGUUUUGGAAUCAGAAAUUACGAAAUCAUUGUUGUUUUGUUGUUCAGCAUCGACACCCACCCUUGCAAGGUAAGAUUGAAGCCUCUCCUCUUCUCUAUCUGUUUUUGUUUUUGUGGCUGUGUCUGUUUUAAUAUUUACAAUUAAUUAAACCCAUUGAAUAAUAAAUUAGUUUAUCUGUACAUUAAUUGUUUAAUUUUUGAAUAAAAAGAAACGUAGUGAGGUUAUAGAGUUUUUGAUUGAAGGAUUGAAGAGAUAUGUAGUCUAAAGUGGAAACAGAGGAAUGGACUUGAUAGCCGCGGACAUGGAAAAGAAAGGUUUUUGUUCUCUUGGUUUAAUGACAGCAGUGCUGGUAUAUUUGCUGUGUCAAUUUUUGUGUUUGGCAUGUAAGAAUAAUGAUGGAGAUGUUCAGAGUGAUCUUUUAGCACAAGGUUUUGGUUCUCUUGGUUUGAUAGCAUCAGUGCUGGUGUGGCCAGAUGGAAAGACCAUUGAAGCCGAGGCAGCCCAUGGCAUAGUCACCCGUCAUUAUAAGGUUCAUCAGAAAGGAGGUGAAACUAGCACAAAUAGCAUAGCAUUUAUUUUUGCUUGGUCAAGAGGACUUGCGCGCAGGUGUAAGAUUGUUAUGGCUAGAUUUUAAGUGCUACUGCUGGUUUAUGCUAUUCUAGAUCCUCCUAGACUUAAAUUUAGUUUGCCCUGCAACCUUGGAUUGAAAAUAGCCAUGUUGAUCUUAAACUGUUGGAUUUUACUCAAAAAUUGGAAGCAAUUACUACAACAAAAGGUAUUUUUAAUAACAUUUUUUUAUAGCAUUUUUUUAUAUUUGCUAUCUAAUAUGACAC